ACGAAGCGGGCACAGGCCAACAAGGGCCGGUGCUUCAAGUGCCGCUCGCGAGUGCCGCUGGUGAAGCAGACGACCAACAAGUGCCGGUGCGAACACAUCUUCUGCGACACCCACCGAUUCCCAGAUCAGCACGCCUGCGAGUUUGACUUUAUGUCGCGCGACCGCAAGGACCUGGAGAAGAGAAACCCCAAGAUCAACGACCAUCCCAAGGGCGGCCGUAGCUUCACUCGCAUAGACUAA